AUGUCUUCGAGGGACAAUGGUUCAGAGGUAACCGAGUUCAUCCUGCUAGGCUUCACAGGUUCCCGAGGGCUCCAUCUGGGCUUGCUGGUGCUGUUUCUGGGGGCCUACAUGCUGACCAUCACAGAGAAUGUGGUCAUCGUGGCCGUGAUCCGUGUCAGUUCCCUGCUGCACAAGCCCAUGUACCUGUUCCUCAGCCACCUAUCCUUCCUGGAGGCCUGGUACAUCUCUGUCACCGUGCCAAAGAUGCUGCUUAGCCUGGUGGCCCCUGAGUUUCGCCGGAUCUCCUUUGCAGGCUGCAUGGCCCAGCUUUACUUCUUCCUGGCACUGGCCUGCACUGAAUGUAUGCUGCUGGGCGUCAUGGCCUACGACCGCUAUGUGGCCAUUUGCAGCCCCCUGCGCUACCCCACCAUCAUGCGCCCUGAACUCUGCAGCCUGCUGGCCGCUGGCUCCUGGUUCUCAGGCUUCAGUAUCUCGCUGGGGAAGGUCUUCUUCAUCUCCCGCCUUGGCUACUGCGGCCCCAACAUCAUGAACCACUUCUUCUGUGAUGUGUCCCCCUUACUCAACCUUGCCUGCUCAGACAUGUCCGUGGCCGAGCUUGUGGACUUUCUGCUGGCCCUGCUCAUCCUGCUGGGGCCGCUGCUGCUCACUGUGUCUUCCUAUGCAGCCAUCCUCAGCACGGUACUGCGCAUCCCAUCCUCCACUGGCCGCCAGAAGGCCUUCUCCACCUGCGCUUCCCACCUGGCCGUGGUGGUCAUCUUCUACUCAGCCUCCCUCUUUAUCUAUGCCCGGCCGCGUGCCAUCUACUCCUUUGACUACAACAAACUGGUGUCUGUGGUCUACACGGUGCUCACGCCCCUCGUCAACCCCAUUAUCUACUGCCUGCGGAACCAGGAGGUGAAGGAGGCACUGCGCAAGGUGGUCCAGAGAGUGGCCCAGGCUCUGGGGGCUUCUGCCUAA